AUGGCGGACGAUCGAUCAAAUUCCGCCUCGACGGCUUCGCAAGGGGGCGCGCCGCUGGUGGUCAACCUCCAGAUCGUGUCGCCCACCGUCGGUGUUGGGAACCUCAGAUUUCCCGAUAUCCCGGCUACUACAACAUUGCAGCAGCUCAAGGAAAAGAUACGGAAUUCUCUGUCAUGGCGACCUGCCGAUGACCACCAACGCCUGAUACACCGGGGCCGGCUUCUGGCACGCGACACCGAUACGCUGCAAGAUGUGUUUGGCGAGGAAGCGAUUCGGGCAAACGAGCAACAAACGAUCCAUCUGGUGAUCAGGGACACCGGCGAUAUCCCUCCGCUCAGCAAUCCGGUGUCGAAUCCACAACCCCAUGCUCAUCAUCAUCCUCACCCUGCACUCCGCAAUGCUUCCAUGCCGCGUCCGGGCUCAGCGCCGCACGCCGCACCGCACGUCACCACACACCUCCAACACCACCGCCAGCAACAGGACAUGCUCCAGCGACUUGCUCAAUUGCACCAACGAGAGGCGAAUUAUCGCCAGCUAUUGGAAGAGGCACAGUAUCGCCAAUCAUUGGUCCAACAACAGAAUAACCGCGCCGCCAUGGCUCACCAGGCGCCUCAUGAGGGUGCAAACAACUCUCAGGGAAACGUGGUGGAACCUGCCGGAGGGAGGAAUAAUACUUUCGGCCGGGGUCCCUUGGGCCAGUCUCACCAAACCGUCACACAUGAAGGCACCGGGCCAGAUGGGCAGCGAUACAGUUUCAGGAUCACCAUGAACGAAGUCGUGGUACCUUCGAGCACCGUUCCCCGUCCUCCAGUAGGGCCGGGCCAGACCCCGGACCCUGUUGGGCAGAGGCCGCUUUCGGCAGCCGGUGUCCGCAACAUAAUGCACGGAACCGACGCGACUCGGGCCGCUCAGGCCAUGGCCAGCGCCAUGCAGCGGAAUGCGUCGGGCGUGCAUCCGGCCAACAUGGCGGCCGAGCUCGCGAAUUUCAACUUCAACAGUCCCGUCCAGCCAAUUCAACCGGGUGUUACAACCCCGAUAUUUCCGGGACUGUCCAGAAAUGCCAGCCGGGCGGCCACUCCCGACACCUCGGCCAGGUCUGUCAGUCAGGGCAGCAGCGUUGGGGCCAGAAGCCUGCAUGUACCGAGCCAAACGUCGGCAAACCAAGGCCAUCCUGAGGUCUAUAUCCUCUCGUCCCCUACUGGUCCCCGGGGCCUGCUCAUCAACAGCGCUUCCGAGAUGUAUACGACCCCUGUCCCCAGAGCCAUGCCUGUAAUGCCUAAUUUUUAUCGGCCCUUGACCCCAUCCUUGAUACCUGGUGAGACCCUGCGACCCGAGAUGCAGAUCCAGCAGGGACAAGCGCACAUAAUGAUUACCGGCCAAGGCCCAGCACCAGCUCAUACACAGCCGUAUCGACCUCACUCGCCCCUAGUCCAGCAACAACCGCUGCCUCAAGUGCCCAACAACGAGCAGCCUCCAGCCAUCCGCCGUCGACCGGUAGCUGCUCCAGCUGCCGUCGCUGCGCCGGCAGUGGUGCAACCGGCGGCACAGCUCAACCAUCCGGGAAACCCCGGCGUUGCACCGCUGAUCGCGGCAGUAUGGCCGCAUGUCUGGCUGAUCGUCCGACUGGCUCUGUUUGCCUGGUGGUUCUCGUACAGCGACCCGUCAUGGGAGCGCUGGCUAUCCCUGGUGGUGGCCUUCGUUGUGGUGUUUGCAAUCAACACGGGCAUUUUCAACGGAAUGGUUAACAAUGCUUUCCAUCCGGUAAGGGAACAGCUGGAGGGAAUGAUUCCGUUCGCGGACCCAGACCGCCAGCACCAGCAGCAGAACCAGCCGGCAGCAGGCGUCAACCAGAAUGGCGAGGCUGGGGCGAACCCGGACCCGGCGCAAGCCGCAGCUAGGUUGCUCGCUCAGCGGAGAAUCCAAAACGGCACCUGGCUUAGGGAUCAGAUGAGGCGGAUCGAAAGAGCAGGCAUUUUAUUCUUGGCGAGUUUUGCUCCCGGCGUGGCCGAGAGGCACAUUCAGCAGCUCGAGGAGCGAGAGCGGGCGGAGCGGAGGGCCGCCGAGGAGGCAAGGGCGGUGGCAGCAGCAGCCCUCUCGCAACAACAGGCCGAACAAGCGGUCGCCGAGAGCCAGGAAAGUCGCGAGACACAGCGCGAUGAGGUGUUGGAUGGGACUGCCGCGCCGCAGCAGCCCCAGGCGCCUGAGGGUCUACCGCAAGCCGGCUUUGGUCCCGGGGUAGGAGCAUUUGGCUGA